CAGAAGGUCGGUGAGUAUAAGGCCUCCUCACUUCUCUCCACCGCUCAGCCAUGAAGCUUCAGCGUGCAGCGCUGGGCGCCGUGUUCCUGCUCUCUCUGCUCUCAUCUGAGUGCUGGGGCAGGAACGAGGAGGAGCGUCUCAUCAACUACCUGUUCAAAGAGCGAGGAUACAACAAAGAGCUGCGUCCCGUCGAGAGGCAGCAGGACGCGGUCGACGUUUACCUCGCCCUCACACUGUCCAACCUCAUCUCUCUGAAAGAAGUGGAUGAGACGCUGCUGACAAACGUAUGGAUCGAUCAUACGUGGACUGACUACCGACUGUCCUGGAAUUCAACAGAGUUUGACGGCAUUGAGAUGCUUCGCCUGCCGUCCAGCAUGGUGUGGCUGCCGGAGAUUGUUCUGGAAAACAAUAACGAUGCCCAGUUCCAGGUGGCCUACUACAGUAACGUCCUGGUGGAUCCUACUGGUCUCUGCUACUGGUUGCCUCCCGCCAUCUUCCGCUCCUCCUGCUCCAUCAACGUCAACUACUUCCCCUUCGACUGGCAGAACUGCACGCUCAAAUUCACCUCUCUGACCUACAAUGCCAAAGAGAUAAGGAUGCUGCUGAAGGAGGAGGCGGACGAAACCAGCAAAUGGACGGUGGAGUGGAUCAUCAUUGACCCUGCAAGCUUCACAGAGAACGGAGAGUGGGAGAUCAUCCACCGCCCGGCCAAGAAGAACACGUACAAACACAUUCCCAUGGAGAGCAACAAGCACCAGGACAUCACCUUUUACCUGGUCAUCAAACGCAAACCUCUCUUCUACAUCGUCAACAUCAUCAUCCCCUGUGUGCUCAUCUCCUUCCUGGCCUCGCUCGUCUACUACCUGCCCGCCGACAGUGGUGAGAAGAUGACCUUGUCCAUCUCUGUGCUGUUGGCUCAGUCUGUCUUCCUGCUUCUGAUCUCUCAGAGGCUGCCGGAGACUUCCAUGUCUGUACCGCUUAUUGUGAAGUAUUUGAUGUUCAUCAUGGUGCUGGUUACAGUGGUGGUGCUGAACUGUGUGGUCGUCCUCAACCUGCACUUCAGGACACCGAGCACACACGUCAUGUCUGAGUGGACCAAGAAGUUCUUCCUCGAGCGGUUGCCCCGGAUCCUGCGUAUGUCCCGCCCUGCAGAGGCGGAGCCGUACUGGGAUGGUGCGUUGCCACGGCGAUCCAGCUCGGUGGGGUACAUCGCCACGGCGGAGGAGUACUACAGCGUCAAGUCCCGCAGCGAGCUGAUGUUUGAGAAACAGUCGGAGAGACACGGACUGACGACGCGGACCACACAUGCUGCCGUGGUGAAGCCACAGGAGGAUGGAGGUGUGACGGAGCAGCUGUACGCGGAGAUCAAGCCGGCUGUGGAUGGAGCCAACUACAUCAUCAAACACAUGCGCAACAAGAACGACUACAACGAGGAGAAAGAUAACUGGAGUGGCAUCGCUCGCACCGUGGACCGUCUCUGUCUCUUUCUGGUUACCCCGGUGAUGACCAUCGGCACCAUCAUCAUCUUCCUGAUGGGAAUCUGUAACCACCCUCCGCACCUGCCCUUCAAAGGAGACCCGUACGACUACAGAGAGGAAAACCCACGCCUGCUGUAACACACACACACACACAGACACACACACACACACUGACUCGUGUGUAAGUCCAGAGCUUUGUUGCCUCUUCAUUAUUUUUGUUUGACAGAUUUCCAGGUUUGUAGCCGUGUGUUAUCUUAAAUUUGAAGUGGAGUCAGUUUGUCACAGUUUUCAUUUUAUUUGUGUGGUUUGAAUAAACUUUUACACUCA